AUGAAAGUACCAGUUUUAAAACUACUACGCACUACCUUUAUAAACGCCGUGAUUAAACCAAGCUGCGGGCCCGCAACCGCAGCGGACGCGGGCGAAAAUCGCUCCUUUCCCAAAGCGACGGUGACCGUCGCUCACCGUAAGAUGCGUUCGCUGCUAGCGUACUACGCGGAUGCAGUGAUGUCGGCGGCGGUUCGAGGCGCGGGCUGCGCGCUGGACUGCAGCGGCCGCGGGGACUGUAUGAACGGAACCUGUCUCUGCGAGAUACGGUACGCCGGGGAAGAGUGUGCUGGACCUAACAUGCCUUACCAUGCCUGUAUUGGUGGCGUGUUCCUUCUGGUCGCGUUUGUGUGUGCGGUACAGCUGACGAUAUGCGUGGUGACGGAAUACCGCCGGCUGAAGGCCCCCACUUUCCUUCGCGCCUGCAAGGUCACCACGCAGAAGAUGCUGUACCUCGUCGCCUUCUUGGCUUCUCUAAUACGUGGCGCCUACUUCGUGUCACCGUCGGCGUUUCAAGAGGGCUGGGCUACGAGCCUGCUCUCCGCUUACUAUCCCCUCCUGUUGUCGGGGUCAUCGCUCAUCGUUUGUUUUUGGGCAGAGUCACAUGUUACCACAUACGACACCUACAAUAAUAACGUUGUAACACCAGGUCGCGUGUAG